AUGAAAAGAUUGUUUUUCCUCAUAAAUAUAUAUAUCACUAUAGGAUUAUUGAUUUGUAAAGACAAAUAAGGUUUAACUUUACAAAUUGACAAAUCCAUCACAAUCCCCAACUAUAAUUGCACUCUAAAUGUAAGUAAUGAAAAACUAAUCAAUAUGACAUCCUUAGGAGGGUAACUUAAAAUAACAGGAAUUGAAUUACUAUUGAAUUAGAACAUUCUAUUAUAAGGUUUCUAAUUAGUUGAAUUUCAAAAUAUAACAAUUGAUACUUAAACUAAAGUACUUUCAAUACCAACACAAGUACAUUUAAAAAAUGUUACUCUCAUAAGAAAUUGUUAAAUUAAUGCAACCAAAGUAUACAUUCAAUAGUGUACAAUAAGUAAGAUGAAUUUUUAAUAUAAUCCAGUCUUUAAUUCAUCAAUAGAUGUAGAUGGACUGAUAAUAUCUGAUUCAACUUUUUUUAGAAGUUCUCUUGUCCAAUAACAUAGUAGAUUACGUAACAUUUAAUUUGAUUAAGUCAGUUUCAUCAACUCUACAUUAACUAGAGUUGCUUCAAUAAAUAGAAUCACUUUUAAUAAUUCUUUUGUGAUUUAAAGUAUUUUGAUUGAUACAGACAUUUCAUAAGAAAUUACAAUUUAAAAUUCUUAUUUUACUCUUUCUACAGUCAUAUAAGCAAAUGGAGCACUUUAUACUACAAUUAUUAAUGUAACACUUUCUCAAAGUAUUUUGAUGAGAAUGAAAAGUAUUAAUCAAAUUUAAAUUGUUGGCAAUAGAUUUCAAUCUAUUAUAUCAGAUUGUCAAUUAAUAAUUGCUGAUAGUUAAUAUAUAUCAAUUUUAAAUACAACUAUGAUAAAUAUCUAAUCAGAAGUAAUCUUAUAUUUAAAUUCAUAAAAUAUCCUUAUUAAAUAGUUUAAUUUAUAGAAUCUUUAAGGAUAAUUAAUGAUGAAUACACAUCAUUCUAGUAAUGUUAUUAUUAAUUAAAUCACAAUAUAUUCUAGUUAAUCAACAAAUCCUUUAUUUUAUGUUAAUGGCACACUUUCAAUUUAUAAAGGAAGUUUUAAUUCAAUAUUAGGAACAAUAUCAAAUAAAAAUUAAAUUCAAGAACUUUUAAUUGAUUAAGUGAAUUUUACUAAUAUAUCCAAUUAAAUUUUAUUUGAUUUAGAAUGGUCUUCUUUAAUUUAAAUUACAAAUUUAAUAGUUAAUAAUUGUACAUCAAUUUAAUUUGCAAAAUUAUCAAAUAUUGUAAAUGUAGUAAUAAGAAAGUUUAGAAUGGAAUAAUGUGAAGAAUGUAAAUUUCUAUAAAUUAAUGAUUCAUAAAUUGAACUUAGUUUAAUUAAGAUAUUCUAAAUUAGAAACUAUUUGAUUUCAUUAAUUAUAAUUAAAAAUUCAAAUUUAAUUAUUAAAUAGAGUUAGAUAUUUAAUGUUAUUUAGAAUAAUAAAUAACUUAUAAAAUUUGAAGAUAGUAUAAAGAUAAUAUUAAAUGAAUUAUAGAUUUAUAAUAUCAAUUGUUAAUUUUGUGAUGGUAUUAUAGUAAUAUAGAAUAGUAUUUAUAGUGAUAUAUAAAAAUGUAUAUUCAAUAAUUCUAUUUCAUAAUUAGGUUACAUGAAUAUUGAUAAUAAUAUUAAUUUAAUAGCUAUAGAUAAUAUAUUUUCCAAUAAUACAAGUAUUUAUGGAUCUGCAUUUUAUAUAAGAAAUUCAUCAAUUAAAAUCUUUUAAAAUUAAUUUAUUGAUUUAAAUUCAAUUGAUGGUGGUGUAAUAUACUUAAAUCAAAUAGGAGAUUCUACAAAUUAUAUUGAUUUUAAUUAAUAUGAAAAUUGUACUAUGAAAACUAAUAAAUAUAUUUAUCUAAUCACAAAUUAAAUUGUUGAACCAGAUAUUUUGACUUAUAUUACUGGACCUGUUUAUAUUAUUGUUGGUAAUAUGACAUAUUUGUUAGAUGAUAUAAUUAAAAAAAAUACAAUAAUAGAAUAUAAUAAAUUAAAGAGUGGAUAAAUGAUUGAAUUCAUUAUAGCUAUUUUAGAUAGUGGAAUGAAUAGAUUAUGUAAAUUAAAUAAUUAUUUAAUAAUUAACAAUAAAAUGAUAUUUAAAUUUGAUUAUUAAAAAUGUUAAUAUGUAAUAUCAUAUACACAAUAUUAACAAUAACCACAGACUGAAAUUAUAGAAAUAUAAAUAGAAUUUUCAUAACUUAAAUUUUAUAAUGAUACUUUUAAAUUAUCAAUAUAUUUAAAUAUGAUAGAAUGUGAAAUAGGAGAAGAAUGGACUAAUUAAACAUGUUAAUAUUGUCCAGCUGGAUCAUAUAGUUUAACAAACUAUAAAUAAUGUUUAUAAUGUAUAACUUCAAUUGAAUCAUGUCCUGGAGGAUCAUAAUUGAUUGUUAAAUAAGGUUAUUGGAGAGCAAAUAAUUAAACAGAUGAAAUAGAAUAUUGUGGAACAUCUCAUUCUUAAUGUUUAGGAGGAAUAGAAGAUUUUACUUGUAAAUAAGGUUAUAUUGGUGCAUUAUGUAAUGAUUGUGAUUAUUAUGCUAUAAAAUGGAAUGCUUCAUAUACACGAGAUUAUAGUGGAAGUUGUUCUAUAUGUUAAAAUGAUACAUUUAACUUAUUAAAAAUAUUUCUAUCAUUUUUAUGGAUUCUAAUUGCUUUAUUUAUAUCAAUUAGAGGAAGUUUGAAGUUAGUUAGAUCAUAAUUAUCAGCUUAUUAUUUAAGAUUAAUGGGAAUAUUCUUUGCAACUAGAUCUACAAUGAUAUUUGAUUAAACUGAAAUUUUAAUUAAAUUAGUAUCUAGCUAUUUUUAAUUAAUUUCGAUUAUUUUAAUAAUUGAAUUUGAUUUUCCUACACCUUUAGUAUUUAUAACUUAAGUGAUAGGUAAUCCAUUAUCCACAUUAGGAUAUUCUAUUGAAUGUUUUCUAUUGCAUUCUGAUAUAAAUGUUGAAAUUGUAUAUUUAAGAUAAUUUUGGAAUCUUUUUGUUUCAAUACUAUUUGUAUUAUCAUUUGUAUUUAUUUAUUCAAUAAUAUAAAUAUGUACUAAAUAGAAAUUAGAGAAUUCAACCAAAACUAUUUUUAUCACUUGUGUUAUUUAAGUUAAUUUUUAUUUUUAAGGAGACAUCAUUGAAGGAUUAUUAUAAUUAAUGUUUUGUAUUAAAGCUUCAGGUUAAUAUUAUAUGUAAGCAGCUACAUCAUAUAUAUGUUAUACUGAUGAAUAUUACUUCUAUUUAGAAAUAUUUAUCAUCCCUACUUUAAUAAUAGUUGGUGUAAUCUCUCCUAUGUUUUAUAUAGUGAAAUUAUAUCUUAAUAAAAAUAAAUUGUGGACUUGUAAAUUAAGAAUGCCUUAUGGUUAUUUAUAUGUGGAAUAUAAAGAUUAAUAUUAUUAUUGGGAAUUCAUAUGUUUCUUUGUUAAAUCAAUCUUCUAUCUAUUGGAGACUUUAUUGAUUUAAGACAUUAAAUAAAUGUUUCUAUUUGCUAUAUUAGUAUUAUUGAUUUAUCUAGAAUUAUUGAAUCAAUAAUAACCUUAUAUUGAGAAAUAAUACAACUUUAUUGAUAAAAUAUCUACUUAAUUAGCUAUGAUCACUUUAAUAUGUUCUUAUAGUCAACAUAAAAAUCCAUAUAGUUGGUUAGUAUAUAUGUUAUCAAUAAUAUGUUCAAUUCUUAAUUUAAUUUAUUGUUCAUAUAUUGUUACAAAGAUUAUUAAAGAGUAUUUGUCUGGAUUGAAAUAAUAACACAUAGAGAAGAUAGUAAAUUUAAUUAUAAGAUAUCCUUGUAUUAAAUAUUGUAUCAAGAAACCUAAGAAUUAUCAUACUAAACUAAAGGCAUUAUAAUUAUGGAAAAAGGCUAGAAUUUAUGUAAUGGAAUUCAUUUAAAAAUUGAAAUUAUAAAAAUCAAAUUUGAAUCUUAAUUCUUAAUUAUAAAUUAAUACUAAUAGACCAAAUACAUCAUCUACUAAUACAACAAUAAGUUUAUUAAAUUCAAUUGCACCAUAAUUAGUUAAAUAUAUGUAUAUCAAUUAAAAUAUAUUAUUAUAGAAAACAUGAUAGAAAUAAAAUGAAUUAAAAAAUAAUUGAAUAGAAUGAAUUCACUAGUGUAAUAUCAGCAUAUAUUGAUCCAGACAAUCCUUAAAGUCCAGAUAUUAUACAAUUACCAAAAAAGAACACUAUAUCUACAAUUUUUAGUUAUGUAAAUAAUAAUAAUAAUAUAUAAUGA